AUGAGUAGUAUCUUCCGCUUCCUGAUCAUGGUGAUGGCGAUUCUUGUCCCUGUUGCAAGAGCUAGAGUUGGCGACGUUCGAAUCUUGUCGAGUACCACGCCUUGUCCGGCACAAGGAGCCCGUUGCGACAAUUAUGUGGGCAAUCACUGCUGCAACUCGGACGGUAUGCUCUCCAAUGUGGUCCCGGACCACUGUGUCAAUGCCAACGAAGGCAAUUCCCCCUGUGCCAGGGGCCAUGUCUGCACGGGAGUGGAUGCCAACAACAACGAAAGAUUCUGCGAGCAGGUUGUCACCAACGAUGGAUUUGGCAAGUUUGAAGUCAUUUCGAGAUCACAAGCGGGCCUUGGUGACGAGUGUGACGAUGUAUCUGUCAAGUGCGACAGCGGUUGCUGGUGCAACUUAAAUGGUGGGUCUACGGGCAGAUGUGAACCUCUGAUCGUGGGAGGCUGGGGGGCACCAUGA